AUGGGUUGCACUUAGAUUACAAAUGUGACAAUAAAGAAUCCAAGAAUGAAGAAUUUUUUUGAUUAAUGUCAAUAUUAUGGUUUUAGUAGAUCACAAGUAAGAAAAUAAAAGAAUGUAAGGUGGUGAAAAUAACUGAAUAUGAAUUUCAAUAUUGUAGAGGAAGUAAGAGUUGGCUAUCAAAUUAUUCAAAAUCAAUUUUCAAUGAAUAGAAUCCAGUAUUGUUAUCUCCUUGUUUACCUGAUAAUUUUGAUAAUUUAAUUUCAGGCUUAAUGAAUUUCAAAUAAUUAUAUCCAGAAGAAUUUAAAGAUUUCCCAAAAAAUUUAGGGUAUAUAUAAAUGAUUAAAUAAUUUAAGGAUGUUAUUAAGUUUAGGAAAUUAAUUCCCAAUCUUUAAAGGAGAGAAAUUAGGUACUAAUCAAAUUACAAGUAUUUAAAUUCAGUAAAAUGUUGUAACAAUAUUUGUAUUUUGGAAAUUGGAAGAGGAAAUUAAGAUAGGAAGAAUGUCAUAAGUCAAAACAAGAAAUAUAAGUAAUCGUUUUAGAGAUGAUAAUGAAUCUUAAUGUUAUUUAGAAACUGCAUUUAUAAGAGCAAAAAAAUCAAUUAAGCGUCCACUUAAUUUGAUUGGGAUAUGUUUAGAUAAUUAAGAUAGAAAAUAUUUAUAUGAAUAAGUUAUAUCAUAAGAAGAUACUCACAUUUGGAUAAAUGAAAAUGAUUAAUCAGCUUAAGUAUUCAAAUUUGCAGAGGAUCCAAAUUAUUAAAUAAGAUAAUUGGAAUAAUCCAUAUAUAUUAUAAAUUCAAAAGGAGUUUUUGUAGGUUGUUUAAAGGAAAACUUUGGAGAUCAUUCAUUUAUUCAUGAAAUAAAUGAUAUAAUAGAUGGUGAAAUAAAAUAAUAAGAUGAAAAUUAAAUAUUGAAUAUUAAAUAGAAAAUAAGAAAAGAUGAUUAUUAAAAAGUAAAGAAUUUAAUAGUGGAUGAAUUACCAAAUAAACAUAAAUUACCUAUUGGUGAUACAUUUAGUAUAUCUAUAAAAAAACAUACAUUUUUUAGAGAUUAUUCUAAAAUUGGAGCUACUUAUUUCAAUCCUAUUUUUAAAGCAGCUGGAUCUAAAAAAUAUCAAUAAAAUUGUGAUGAUUUAAUAUAAUUUGUUAAAGAAUUUACUCCAAUUGCUCAUAUGGAAACAGAUUUCAAAUAACAUCAUUCUGUAAAUAAAAAAUAAUUUUUUGAAAAGUUGAGUAGAAAAUUAAUGUAUUACUGAUAUUUAUAUAGAAAUAUAGGAUAUGAUGAUAUUAGAUUCAUCUUAGAGAAGAAUAUUGAAAUCUCAUAUGAAGAGAGUUCAAAACGUUUAGAAAUGAAAAGAGAAAUUAAUUCUAUGCAUAAUGCUCCUUAAUCUGUUAGUUGUGUUUAUUCAAGAAAAGAAGCAUUAUAGAAAUUGGGUAAAUCCAUAUUUGCUUAAUCUGAUAAUUAUACUCAUAAGGAAUUAGAAUUAUUAAAAGAAUUCUUUGGUAAUCCAUAUUCUUUAAAGUAUUAAUUUAAAUUUUUAUUUAUUAUAGAACUUCUUUCAAUAUAGGUACUCUCUUUUCACCUAUUCCUAAUACAUAUAAAAUGUAACAUAAUGAUUUUUCUGGAAGCAGUUAAAUCAUGUAAUCAAUUAUUCGAACUACAAAUAAAGGAAUAUUUGAUAGUAAAUUAGUAUAAUCUAUGAAUCAAUCAAUUGAUGAUUAGAAUUAACAUUUUGGAAUUACAGAAUAAAUAAAAAGCAAUUAAAGUCAUAUUGAAUUAAGUGAAGGUUGGGAUGGUGAUAAUAAAGUGGAUUUAAAUUAUGAUUAAAUGCAUUCAAUUCAUUAAAUUAAUAAUGAAGUUCUUGUCAUAUUUUUGAUUGAUUAUACACUAGAUAAACAUAUUGAACUUUUACAUUAAUUAUUGGAAUUUAUAAAGAGUAGAUAAUGGAAUAGCUCAAAUAUUAGAGUAAUAGGAUUAGAAAAAAAGAGAUCUGAAGAAUAAUUUUAAAAAUAAAUGAAUAGAUUAGAAUAAGAAAUGAAAAGAGGUAUUUUUGAAGCAUGGUUUCCACUUGAACAAUAGUUUCUAGGAAUUAAUUUUUAUAAAAUAUUAUCUGAUCUAUAUGGAUUAGAUUCUAUCUCUCCUAUUUUAGUUAUUGAUCAUCUAGGAAGAUUACUUUAUUAGGGUUAACCUGAUUAAAAAUUUGCUCCAUUGUUGACUAAGAUCAUUAAUUAAGAAUCUUUGAAAACUAGUAAAAAUAUCAAUCAUUUUAUAAUAGUUCAUCCAGUAGACAGACCAUUAAAACAUAGAAUUGAUUUAGCCUAAUUUGGUAGAGAAUGGAGAAUAAUUAAAUAAUAUGGAAAUGAAAGUGUUUAUUUUAGUCCAACUGUACAAUAAACUUUAAAAUAUUUGGAGAAAAUGCCUUUAAGGAAAACUGAAUCAUGGAAACUUACAAUUACAUAAUUUUAAUUAUGGAAUGAAAAUGGAGAAUUUGUUAGGAAAUGUUAUGAAAAACCUAAAAUUUUAUAUAAAUUUGAAAGACCUGAAUUAGCAGUCAAAUUUUAUAAUAUUAUUGAAGAAAUAUAAAGAUUAGUGGGUAAGGAAAGAAUUGAAGUGAUUGAUUUGAAUGCUGAAAUACUUAAAGAAAGAAAUAAUUUAUAAGGAGAAUAAUUAAUUAAGUGA